GGGGUGCUCUUUGGACACAAAGCCCGGCACAGCGCGGGGAGUAUCGAAGGACGCGGCGCCAAUGGGAACAAACAUGACCAAGAAGGUGGCUUGGGCUGGACUCCGCUCGGACGAGUUGGGAAUUUCCCGGGAGCCUGGCUUCAUUUCUAAGCGCAGGGUGCCCUACUAUGUCCCCCGGGUCGGAGAGUCGCUGCAGUGGAAUGCUGAGAGCCGUGACCUCUCGGGCCGUGACCUCUCGGGCCGUGACCUCUCGGGCCGUGACCUUCCGGGCCGUGACCUCCCGGGCCGUGACCUCUCAGGCCGCAAUGCGCACAACAGAGACCAGAAAUUCACGGUGGCCUCGAGCGCACGUCCGGUGUCGAAGGCAGAAAGGAAAACCGCCGUUGCAAUUCCCCUAAUCACCUCGCCCAAAGGACAGAGGGUUAAGCGUACGGAAGACAGGGUGGCUGCUGACAUCACACCCGCUGCAGAGAACUUGUCAAACACGGCUACGCGUGCGACUCACGAGAGACCGGCAGAGAAGUCACUUAACGCAAUGGUGCCCGCCGCUCAGACAAGUCUGGCCAUCCUGCCCCCACCACCUCCCAAGCAAGCACCGAGCGCGCCGGAUUUUCAGGCAGCUCGCGCAGUGGAGGCCAAUGUGUCCGAAGGGGUGAAGCAUGUGCUGAAGAGGAAGGCUGGGAUGAACGUUGCACCGAAGCGCAGCUGCCAGCGAAGCUCCGAGUACCAGCACCGCUACGGCGGCAGGACAUACACCAAGGUGGCGCCAGUGCUGCUGGCGGAGCAGCUAAAGAAAACAAAAGCUGAUGCCCUGAUCAGUAAACGACGGCCACUGUUGGAAACUCGACCUCGGCCCAAGGAUGAGCAGCCGGCGGAGGUGGCGCAGCAGAGAGACGCAGUGAGGAUCAGGAAACUCAAAUCUGAGUACAUGGAAAACUUCCGAGCCCCUUGCCACUACAAGUUUGGUGACGGAGGCUGGGUGGGCAUUCGGAGCCAGCACUCAGCAUUAAAGGGCACAGAGCAGAGCCGGAGCAUCGGGUGGCUUGCUGAGGUGCGGGACCUGCGGGAGAAGGCAGAAUCGUACAAGCGGCGCCUGCUGGGCACGCACUUCUCCCGCGAUCACCUCAACCAGAUCCUGUCAGAGCAGAACGAACGCUGGGACCAGCAGAGCACGAGUAGCGCGGCCGCGGAGGACUUCAGCAGCGCCGUCGAGGCGCUGGACCUGGCCAGAGUGAGAGACAAACAGAGAGCGUGGGCUCGGAGACCACGCGAGAAGGGUAGCGGAGUGGCCGACGCGGCACAAGAGCGUCAGGUGGGUAACGGCCGUGCGGACAACUUGAAAGGCGGAGCGGCGGACAAAGCUGAUGGCGCAGCUCGCGUGGCGACCGAGGCCUUCGGCAAGCCUCCGGCGGAGAGCGCCGUCGCCUGGGAGGAGAACGCGAGCGGCGAUGCCGCCUCUGCCGCCUCUGCCGCCCCCGCCGCCCCGACCGCCACGUUUGCCGAGACUCGGGAGCUCGCCGCGGAUGGCGCUCGGCCGCACGCUGCGGUGCAGGAGGAGGAGGAGGCAGACGACGCGCGCGAGCGCUGGAGCGCCGCCUCGGUGAGGUCAGAGGCGAGCGGAGAUGAAGGCGGCCGGUUCCCCACCCCCAGACUGACGGCGCUCGGGGGAGCUCAGCGCACGCACCACGACCUCACCACCCCGGCGGUCGGGGGUGCCCUGCUGGUGUCUCCUCCCAAGGAGGGGCUGGCGUCCCAGCAGAGGGAGACGCCACUGGGAAAACUGUUCUCGCCGCACAAGUAUCGCGAUGGAGCCAGCGCGGCUCCACCUCACUCACAGAGCACAGCGCGAGCGCCGGACCUGCUACCGUGCGCGGGCACCAGGACGUUCGACCCGCUGCCCCUGCGGGAGGAGCCAUGGCCCAGCUCGCCCGUGCGGGAGCCGCUCCUCCACUCCGCUCCCGCCAGACUCUUGCCGGGCGCUGAUGAGCGGAUCGCGCUGCUGUCGGCGCGCUCCGAGGCGUCGAGCUCCGCGGCGUCGGAGCUGCUGGAGAGGGCGGUGCAGCACCGGCGCGACGCGUGGACCAAGAAGACACCCAGCUGAGCGGAACUGCCCCGCGGACUCCCCUGCGGACUCCCCCACAGACCACGCAGACGGACGGCGCCGUGGGAGCGGGGUCGUUGCGUUUUAGCGUGGCGUGUGAAGCGAUUCAACACAUGCCCGUUUUUGUUUGGAUUUGGGUCAUAAUUAUUUAAAUAUUCUCUUCUGACCAUUAUCGUGAGUGAUAUGGCUGUAUAAAUGGAUGUCCGUGUGUGUGGUGUGCAUGCGUAGUGUGCAUAGUGGUGUGUAAAUGUCAAAUUCUACUCUUAUGGAAUCACAGCACAAACCAUCGCACCUGGUGAGAUAGGUCGCCACCUGUCCUGUGUCUGACCUGGAUAGUUUGGGAAUUGGCACGUGUUUGGUUGACUGGAAUUGGCUUGUGUCACAUCAUAGCUGGUGUCACAUCAUAGCUUGAACAGCACAUAAAGAUGUGCCUUGCAAAAUAGCUGAAUAUGCGGCCAUUUGUCAUUUUACCAGUUCCAAUCGCCGAGGCACAGUAGAGCGUAAUGCAUAAGAGCUCAACUUGGGUGUCUGCUUUGUGUUUGUGGUUCUGUCUCUAUGGUGUAAUUGAACAAACUUCUCACAUUGCUCUCAGUGGUGUAAUAAUUAGUUGUGACUUUUGUUCCAAUUAAUUGACUGCUCUGACUCAUAACAUGGUGUACGUUUUAAGGGUUGCUAUGGUUCUGAUAUUUGUUGAAGAGUUGCAACGUUACAGAUCCUACAAACGUUGAGUGUGUUUGCUCUGCGUCCGUAAUGUGGCCUUGUUGAUGCUGUAUCUUAAAUUUGCAUUUAUGGUUUUUGUGAAAACAAAACCUGUCGGGCAGGAAUUAUUCAGAACACUUUUAUAUAAGUUUAUACGAUUUGAUAAAAUUUAUGAAAGCCACAUUA